GCGUCUCUCUCUCCACCCCUCCUGCUCCCCUCUGCACCGCCAGAACUACCUCAUCCAACAUCUCUCUCUCUCUCUCUGUGUCAACCUACACAUCUGCACCGUAUCUCAGGUGUGUUACGCACCGCGCGCACACCUGUCUGGACUUUUUCCUCCUGCGACGGUACUUUUCUCCUUCUCGAGGAGCUGCGCCGGCGGAGGAAACCUCACCGCUGCAAACCAGAAGUGCCAACCAGCCACAGGAAUCGGUCUGAGUUGUGCGUGCGUGUGUGUGUGUGUGUGUGUGUGUGUGUGUAGCUCGUGCAGGCCAGGAGUGUGUUUUCAGCGUCGGUCCGGCCAUGUAUGCGGCGGUGAGGAAGCUGUUCUUUGCGGACUGUCGCUGCGAGGGAGGUGAUGGGUCGAAAACGUACGAGGAGCUGUUCGCCAGGCUGGACGCCAACAAGGACGGGAGGGUGGACGUGUCCGAGCUGAAGGCCGGCCUGGCCGCCAUGGGCAUCAGGACCGGGAAGGGAGCAGCUCAGAAAAUAAUUUCCUCUGGAGACCAAGACAAGGACGACGGGCUCGACUUCAGCGAGUUCACCAAGUAUCUGAAGGAGCACGAGAAAAAGCUACGGCUCACCUUCAAGAGCUUGGACAAAAACAAUGACGGUCGGAUAGACUUCAUGGAGGUAAAGCAGUCGCUUGCCGAUCUGGGGCUGGACAUCAGCAAAGAGGAGGCCGAGAAGAUCCUAAAUAGUAUCGAUGUCGAUGGCACUAUGACCGUGGACUGGAACGAAUGGAGGGAGCACUUCCUGUUUAACCCGGCCACCAACCUGCAGGAGAUUAUCCGCUACUGGAAGCACAGCACGGUCCUGGACAUCGGUGACAGCCUCGCCAUCCCCGAUGAGUUCACAGAGGAGGAGAAGACGACGGGUCUGUGGUGGAAGCAGCUGUCAGCGGGGGCCAUGGCGGGCGCAGUGUCCCGUACAGGAACCGCCCCGCUGGACAGGAUGAAGGUGUUCAUGCAGGUGCAUUCCUCCAAGAGCAACAAAAUCAGUCUGGUUGGUGGCUUCAAGCAAAUGUUGAAAGAAGGAGGCCUGACGUCGCUGUGGAGAGGAAACGGCAUCAACGUCUUGAAGAUUGCCCCGGAGACCGCCAUUAAAUUCAUGGCCUACGAGCGGUAUAAGAAGAUGUUUGCCAGUGAGCCCGGGAAGGUCAAGACCCACGAGAGGUUCAUGGCCGGAUCUCUGGCUGGAGCCACAGCGCAAACUGCCAUCUAUCCCAUGGAGGUGCUGAAAACCCGUCUGUGCCUGAGGAAGACCGGACAGUACUCUGGAAUGUUCGACUGUGCCAAGAAAAUCAUGAAGAAGGAGGGAGUGAAGGCGUUUUACAAGGGCUACAUCCCCAAUAUUAUAGGCAUCAUUCCAUACGCCGGCAUAGAUCUGGCAGUGUACGAGAGCUUGAAGAACCUCUGGUUGUCCCGCUACGCCAAAGACACAGCCAACCCCGGCAUUCUGGUGCUGCUCGGCUGUGGCACCGUAUCGAGCUCCUGCGGUCAGCUGGCCAGCUACCCCCUGGCUCUGAUCCGCACCCGGAUGCAGGCACAAGCCUCUGUGGAAGGCUCAGAACAGCUGCCCAUGAACCUGAUGGUGAAGAAGAUUCUGGAAAAGGAAGGCUUCUUUGGACUGUACCGCGGCAUCGUACCCAAUUUCAUGAAAGUCAUACCGGCCGUCAGCAUCAGCUACGUGGUGUACGAGUACAUGCGGUCUGGCUUGGGUAUUCAAAAGUAGGCGGCAGAGGGACUGUGUGUGCCAGUGAGAGUGUAAGAGGAUGUGCAGCAUUUUGUUGUAUUUCAAACUGUGGCGUAAACAACUUGUUUACCUUUAGUCUGGACUUGGAUUGCAGAUGGAGCCAUAGUGGAAGUUUUUAAAGCAAUUGCAGGACUUUGUCUAAACUGUUGAGCCGUUACUAAAAAUAAAUUGUUUACAAAAUCAUGCAGCGCUCACAGAGGACUAUUACAGAUUAAUAAGACUUCUACAAUGUUUCCAACUGUUUGUCGUUUGUCCAUCCUGCGUUUGGGAUGCGCCCACAGAUUGAAGAACACUCUCAGGGCCCAGUUUGUGUCAACUCACAUUCAGAUUAAUCAACCAAAGAGGUGGCUAUGUAGAAUUUGAGAACCAAAAGCACUGGUCGGAGGUUAAUUUUGACUUCAUUGCAUUUUCGUUUGGUUUCAUUGUCUCUUUGGUUAGAAAUGUAUUUUUAGAGUGAGUUAUUUAGAAUAUUGGUCCCGUUAUGUCACUGCACCGUAAAAAACGUCACCUCUAUUUGACCAAAAGGCACCUUAUUGCACCAACUCAAAAAGUGGAACACUCGCAGAAAUAAACACUUUUUUGCUAAGACCAUUUUCAGUUCCUACACAGACACUCGUCCAGCUUCAUGUAGUUCCACAAAAUGUUGUCCUUCAGUGGGGAGAUGUUCCACUGAGAGAUCUGAGGAAACUUUUGAAGUGCAAUACUGUAUUUACUCUUUGGUGAAUGACAUUCUAGUAUGUGUUUGGGAAUGGAUUUCACCCCAGUGUUGGUCUCUUUUAUAUUGGAUGGAAUUAUUGCACCUUUUCAGUUUCUCAGCUCGGCGAGCUAGGGAGUAAUGUGCCUUAUGUGCUGUUUCUCAGAUGUCUGUGGACGUCUCUCCCUUCUAGUUAUUUUUUUUUUUUUUGCCUUUGUUUUCAAUAUUUGGCUAAUUAGUUGCUGGUGUUUACAUGAAUAAAAAACAUUUGAAUACAAAAAAAAA